AUGGUAGCUUCCUUACUAAAAUGCAAGAGUCUAAAACUGGUAACUAAACAAGAAAAGACAAAACCAAAGCGCAAUGAAAGCCUAGAUGGCACAUCUAAAAUCAGGGCUGCGGCUUGGAGAGCUCCCAAAAGCUGCUUGCCGCCUUUGCGGGGUGUGGUCCGGCCUCCAAGGCUGCGCGGCUCAGGAGGCGGCACCCUGGGCGGGGUCGAGGGGGCGUCGAGGGGCGGGGUCUGGGGGCCUUUGGGCCACAGCGCGGUGGGCAGGGCCGAGGCGGAGGCCGGCGGCGCGCUGCCUACUGAUCGCCUGGCCCGGGACCCAUGCCGGGCAGCGGAGAGCGGAAAGCGUGGAGGCUGCCCGGCCACCGCGCCCUCCCCGCCGGUGGAAACCGCACCGCGGCUCCGGAACCGACCCCCAGCCGCGUCCGUGUCCAGGGGCGGUCGAGGCCGGAGCGAGGAAGACGCUCGGGUCCUGGCGCCCACCUUGCUUCGCCCAGAAUGGCGCACCACCCAGGUUAAGAAGGAACGCGACAUUCUGGUGCCGAAACCCGGGAAGCGAACCAGGCCGAGACUCGAGACGUCAAACCAAUACCAACUACCUAGGGUCCGAGGGUCUGUUUGUGUUUUUCCACAGGAUCAACAGGUUCCAGUGUGGGUCCCAAAACGACUGAUACGAAUCACUGCGGUGCCUGCACAAGCCUCCACUGAACAAACCAUUGAAGAUGACACCUCUGAUACUGUUCCUGAGGCCAAAAAGAAAAGCUCUGACUUUACUUAUGUGCCUUCAACAACGUUUUCCUGCACCAUCGCCUUGUCCAGCAUCUUCAUCUGUUACCUUCCUGAAUCCUGCCUGCCUUUGCGGCUAGAGGCCUUUCACGGCUACAAGCCUCCCCCCUUUUGUGGCUCAAUGCUAGACCAGUAGCCGAUAACGGGUAAUGUAGGAGGUGGCCAUGUACCAACCUAAGACAGAAGCUGUAGCAUGCUCUACAGUAUUCAAUGACGGUAAGGACAUGUGCUCGACCCCUCAACCUAAGACAGGCACGGUCUCAAGCCUUUUCUUUUUUAAUAAAAAGAAAGGGGGAGCUGUCGGGGGCUGCAGACCCCAUCCUAGCCUGGCUUGAGGAUUUCAGUGUGGCCCUGAUGCAGGACAACAGUGUAGCCCUGAUGCUGAGACAAAGAAUUGCUACAAACAGCUGACAUUGCUUGUAGAAGGAGCCCCGGCGCUGAGCCAGUAGGCUAACACUGAUCAAGGACUGUACCCUGGCAUUAAGCCGGGGCAACAUAGAUUGCAUCAAGGACUGUACCCUGGCAUUGAGCCGGGGCAACACAGAUUGCAACAAGGACUGUACCCUGGCAUUGAGCCGGGGCAACACAGACUGCAACAUCAAGGACUGGCACUAAGCCGGGGCAGCCUGGUUUGCAACAUAUGACUGAUACUGCCGUAAGAACUGGCCCCGGCACUAAGCCAGCAGCAGAUGCUAUCUAAGAAAGCGGCCCCGGCAUUAAGCCAGGGCCAAGAAGAACUGCUUUGAUUAGACAAAAGUGACUCAUGCUUGCACGCGCUCUUUAAUUACUCUGAUUGUAUUAUAUUGUAAUCUUGCUCUCCCCGCAUAUUCUAUAACUGAUUGUUCUUCUGUACCUUCUUGUAUCUGUGCCCACUAUGUACCUUUUGAUAUGUAAUACUGUAAUCUUACUAUUGUACUCUGUAACCUGAUUGUCUCAUGAUUCAUAUAAAUAUGACUGUAACUGCCUUGUAAAAUCAUCAUCAGAGAACCAGAGGAUGAUCAGAGGAGAAAGAGAGAAGA